GCGCUUUGGCACUCGCGUAAAACCGCGCUCUUUUGGCGCUGUCGCCGACAAGGCACGCCAUUUGUCCCAAGCACCUAUCGUCGUGCACGUAUAACGCGUUUGCAUCGACUACACUCGGGUAGCACCUCACAGCAAAGCUGCACCUUACAGCAAGCUGCACUCGGCUGCAACCUGCAGCAGCUGCAGUCUACAAGCCGCACUGCACCCAUUCAACAGCAAAGCUGCACGGCACCCAUUCAACAGAGCAAGCACCGCACGGCAUUGAUCACCAUGGUGCCGCGCGUGCCGCAGCACCUCCUCAACGCCGCGCUGAAAAAACUCACCCUCCUCUUGGCGGCCGCGACCUUGAUCAACGAAGCCAAACGGAAGAAGAACGCGCCCCUCAAGCUUCUUCCCGAUAGGACCUUCGUCGCGACAAGGGCCCGAGAAGAGCUGAAGACGGUGUACUUCCUGCGGCACGGCGAGAGCCAGUGGAACGAGGCGCAGGCGAAUCGCAAUCCCGUGAAAAUGUUCGGCAAGUUCGACCACGCCCUCACGGCCGAAGGCCUGGAGCAGGCCGACCGGCUCGCGAGGCGCAUCGCGAAGACACCGCAGUGGAAGGACGAGCGGCGCGCGUUCGAGCGCUGCACCAUGAUCUACUGUUCACCCUUGACGAGGGCGCUGCAGACGUGCCUCGUGGCGCUGCGAGAUCAUCCUUGUUUGAGGGCGUCAGGGAAAGGAGUGACGCUCGUGCCGGCUUGUCGAGAACUCUGCUAUCCUGUUGGCGGUUUUGACUCUAUAAGAGGAACAACAGGAUCGGAGAUUUUGAGGCGGGCCGUGCGCCGCGCGAAGAAGGUCGCUCCAAAAACGCAACUCAAGUCCAUCAGCAGAGGAACAGUAAAAGUCGACGUGACCGAGGCCGAGGCGGACUGGUGGGGCCCCGAGGGGCCUAGAGCGGUGACGGACCGCAUGCAGGCUUUUGUGGACCGCUUGCGGACGUCGGAGGAUGACGACAUUAUUGUCGUCGGCCAUUCCUUAUUCUUCAGGACCGUUUUUGACAACUUCGCGUCUUCCGAGGCGAAGGCGAGGGACGAGACGCUGGCGCACCUCUCAAAGAAGAAAUUGAAGAAUGCGGCGAUCGCGCGCGUCACGCUGAACUGCUCGGCGGCGCGCUACCCGAUCGUCGGCGUCGAGCUCGCGUUUCCCGAGGGGGAGGACGAGUAACUUCUGGUGUUGUGG